AACAGUGACAAAGAGGAUGGGUAGAGUGAGUGACAGAACAGAGAGAAAGAAAGAUAGAGUCACACCUUAAGGAAGUUAACAAAACAACAGAAGGAGAACAAAAGACAUCAUAUUGAAGGAUGGGACUUGUGCAAUGUCUUGUGGUUGUCUUGAUGUUACCUGCACAGUUGGUUCUCACCUCUCCGACAGAGCCGACCAAAUAUUACACCCUGCAAGGCAGAAGGUGUAGAUGGUGCCCUGCAGGUGAGUACCAGAGCUCUUGUACCGAGUGCUUGCCCUGUCCUGCUGGAACCUUCACAACUGAGAGCAACCGAGAAGAAAGCUGCCAUCCCUGCUACACAGACUGCAAAACAAAUUAUCAUCAGAAGGUGGUUCAGAACUGCACCAGAGAGUCCGAUUUGAAGUGCAUCUGUGAGGCAGGUUUCACAUGCACUGCAAUGGUCCCAUUAUCAGAAAACUGUAGAGACUGUGAGAAGAUCAAGGAAACAACCACAACGGAAGCAGCAACCAUUAUCUCAGACAACGAUAAACACACAGUGUCAUCAGCUUCCUCAGCUUCCUCGACUUCCUCGACUUCCUCAGCUCCCUCUGGACAUAGCAGCACUUCUGCCAAACCCUGCCAAUUCCCAAAGUGUGCCGUGUCAGUCUCAGAGGCAGGACAUAUCAAAACAGACAGCAGUCAGCUGGCAGCCAUCUUGUGUCCUGUGGUUUCCAUUGGAUUUGUGGCCCUUAUAAUCCUGUUCUUUGUUCGUCGCCCCAGAAAUGAAUCAUGUUUCAAGCAAGUUAUUGCAUUGCUGCUAUGCAAUGAGGGAGGUAGAGAUGCUUCUCACAAGUCGAAGGAGUCAACUCAUCAGUUCCCCAGAGACUCAUUCAGUACAAAACAGCAGCCAUCAUCCCUUUCGGCAGCCAAUCUAGGUCCAGUCCAUGUCCACAAUCCGGGCACGGUCAUCUUUAGCUUGCUCAGUCAGUUUACAGGCCAGGUUGGUCCGACAAUUGAAGGUGGGAAGACGGUCGAGACGAAGAGUGGCGAAGAAGACGAGAGAGACUGUCCUGUGUUUCAUCCCACAUCCUCUCCCAGUAUUCAUCUCUCUGAAGAGGAGAGGAGGGGAGAGACUGAAAGCAUUUUCUUUCCCUCCCAGGAGCAGGGAAAGGACUGCCAUGUUUCCAAAGAAGAGUCGCUAUGAUACAUUGUGAAAACCAAGAUUUGUGUUGGUGGUUAGGACCUCCAGCAUCCAGACUGAUCCUAAAAACAUUCUUCUAAAGAAAGGAACCAUAAAACUGUGAAACCACAGAGUGUGUAGCAGAUUCAUCCUUCUUUGGCAAACUGUGAAUCACAGUGUUCUACAGAGAUAUUUUUAUAUGCAGCUUCUGGGAAAACUUGAACCAUGGGAAGAACAGCUGGAAGGUGAUCUCCUUUGUAAGUUAUAAUUUAAUAUGUAAAUAUGUAAAUAUUCUUUAAUGAUAUCUCUCUAAAGUAUUAGAUUUGAAUGUUUAAUGUUGCAUAAAUAUUAGGCAUUUUGAUUACAAUAAAGUUUUAUUAACAAAACAAAGUAGAAAUGUAUCAAGUUAAAAACAUUCACAUGUGAUGUGUAUAAUCCAACUGCAAAACAGAAAAAAAGUAUAUAUACACAUAUAAAGAAUAUCUUUAAAUUCUGUGUACUAAAGUACAUACCAGUUUAUCAACACACUGCACAAUUUCUGUCUCAUGCAUAACCACCAGUGUCACACUGUAUUUCCAGAUUUUCGAGAUUUCAGAUGCUUAAUCUCCUCGAUUUUAUACACUUUAACCAUUGUAACGUCACAGAUGUCAAACACUCAUGUUUCCUCUCAGGAAACAGCAUCAGUCUUUCUGUGGUUCCAUACGUCAGCAUGGACCAAGUGACAUUUCGUUUGCCUCCAUUUAUCAUAAAUGUCCAAAGCAACAAGAGAUGUUUUACAUCUGCCACGUGUCACUAAUUGUCCGCCAGUGAAAUUUUUCUAAAGUUCAAGUUUAAGUUCAGGAUCUAGUCUUUAACCCAUCAUACGUCAAGAGGUUGGUCACAUUUCCCACAUACUUCCUGGACAGGCUUGGAUACACUGUCGUCCUCUUGGAAUGGUGGCAUUGGUGCAGGUGUUUUAGCCAAAAGGUAGCCUGAGUAACAAGAUAAUAGGGGAAGGGUUUUUUUUUUAUACAAUUGCAUUGAAAUACAAGAAAAUAAUGACUUUAGAUAACAAAAACAUAAAUUCAUGAACAUUAUAAAAUGAUAAAAGUACUACACUUCCUAUAUUUGAACGGGUUAUGUGAUUCAUAAUAAUAAUCUACUAACCGUGCUUUGAUCUGAUCCAGUGCAGAAAGGGCUUCAUUUUUGUUAUACCAAAAAAGCUGAGUAUUACAGACAGGAGGAUAAUUAUCACCAGGAACCAUGCUGUAUCUGUAAGAACUUGUAAGAGAGAAAUUUUUUUUUUUAAAUUUAGACGAACAUCCACUGGAGAAAGAGUUUUUUUUUUUAUCUGCACAGACAGAACCAGUAGUUCAGUGGAAAUACUAAACUAUUCAUACUUAAGUGUACAGUGAGCUCACUCUGUGGUACCUUAUUUUUUGCACUGUGGUCAUAAAGACUGGAUUGAUAAGCACAUAACAUAAUUUAUAGCUAACUCGUGUCACCUUGUGUGUAUGACCUUACUCCCUGGAUACCGCAGAGUAAACAAACAGUUGCUAACUGAGAACAUAUGAAUAAAUAUUUAUUUGUAUUAUUUUUAGUAGAUUACAUCAGCACCAAACGGUUUGAGUUGAACUUGGCAACAGUUCCGGAAUGCUCUACAGUACGUUGCCAUGGUUACAGUGCUCUCUGUAGUGGUAGAACAUGUUGCCACGGUUGCAGUUCUAGGGAGCUUUUGUUUUAAAGCAGCAGAGGCGUAGCAAGUAAUUCAGAGCCCCUUAAAAGAGCAAAGACCCCAGCGAAGACUGCCCUUUAAAGCAGUAAUUAAUAUUAAUUUAAAAAUAAACUGUAAACACAACAUUGGCAUAUUAUCGCCUCAGAUGUUAGCAAAAAAUUGGCAAUUUACACAUCGAGCAGACACAGACGGCAUAAGCAUUAAUUUGGAGUGAAGUUUAAUGUUUUCAACCCUCCCUUAAGCUCUGUUUUGUUGUGAUUUUUAAGCUGCUAAAUUCUCCGCUAUGUUCACCAGCUAGUCUGGUAGUGCUAGUCUUUAGUGCUGGGCAGGUAGCAUACAGUCGGUUAAUCUGAGCCUUUUUCUGCUAAAAAAACAGCUGUCUGCAGCUGCUGCUGGAAACGAGGUAGAUGAGUGGCAAAACAAUAAAAUGAUGUUACUUAAUACCAAAAGAAUGAACUGAAAGACACUAAAAGACCACAUCCAGCAAUGUGGUUACUUCUGUGGUAACCUUUCAUCCUGGUGGUAGGUUUGUUUCCAGUGUUUUCCAUAUUCAAGAAUCCAAGGAUUCAAGGUUAUUUUUAUUGUCAGAUAUAGUUCCCUUUAUACUACUUUUAAAAACAAAAUAAAUUCUAUGUAUUAUAUGCUGACUCUCAUGGUGUUCGAUGGCCACACCCAUCCACAACAAAAAACUUGGUUUGUUUAAACAGUAUGAUGCUUACAAUGUAAAAUGCAGUUUCAACAGCUAUGUGUCGAAUUUGGUUGAAUAUGCGGAACAGAAGUAUCCUACCUGUAGUGGAUGAAGAGGUUUUGGGUGUGGUGCUGGGUGUGGCUGUGGUGGUGGGUGUGGUUGUAGGUUUGGUGGUGAUUGGUAUUGGCACACACAUUUUGCAGGGUUGUUCUCUGCAUUCAUAGCCAGCUUUACAUCUGCACACGGAGUCAUGGGUGCUGUUACAGGCUGACAUAUACUCCAUGUUUGCUGUACAAAAAAUAAAAAACAACAAUAUUCAUUAAAAGAUGAAGUAUGAGCAUAAUUCAGAGAAUGUAAGUGUGUGUGACAAACGCACAUGUAUGCACAAAGGUUGUCUAUGACACAAAUCAGAAAAUGAAAAAUGACUCAGAAACAAGGCAUGGCAGGUAAUGAUUCUGGCUUUAAGUCAUAAGACAGUUAUAUUAUCACUUGUGUUACCUAUUCUUGAGGGACAGCUGUUAUUUCUCAGUGAAAGCAGUAUUUCACUUUGAUGAAACAUUUUCUUUCUUUCCGAAUGCGUUAACAGGCAAUGUGAAUUCAAAUUAACAAAGAGAAAACUAGUUGUAUGAGACCAAUGGAGCCCUCAUAGUCAUCACCAAACAUCUGUGUUAAUAACCAAUCCAACAGUUUACACUACUACUACAAUAAUGACAAUCUUUUGUAGUUGAGUCAUUUAGGGUCAUAGCUCAGAGAGAACUUUAGAUGUUAGUGGUUCCAUUUUUUACAUGAACUGAUGUAGACUGUCUACAGCUAAAACUUAAUUAUAACCUCAAACACAGACACACUUUCAUUAUGUUUGUUGGGUGUAAUUACAUUAUAACUAUAUAGUUAUCACUCUGCAGGUGUGUAAUAUAAUCAUAUGUAUGAUGUUGGGAGGUCACAUUUCACCAUAGAGCAAUGAAUUUGGAGAUGUUGGAGCUGGCAUCAGCUCUUUAGCGUGGUUGUUACCCCACCCACUACUACAGUCUGCUGUCCCACAAUAGUCUGUUAUAGCACAAUGAAAAAAAGUCUUCAAAUUGCCACUAUUUUAAGUUUCUUACACUGGAUAAUCCAUAAAAUAUGCAUAUAAAUGAGGACAGAAACCAGUAUAAAAAUUGUGGGUGAUUGUGGAUUUAGAACAGUAGAACUGAUAUCAUUUAAGGGGCUCUGAGAACUGAAAAUGUUGUGCUUUAGGAAAAUAUUAGCAAAGUUGAAUGUUUGUGGCAUGGUGCCUCCUUUAAAACUCUGUUUGCACAUCCUGAUGAAGACCAAAGAAUAACCAAAUAAACGUUAAUACUGUUGCAGUGCAAGAGCAGCAUGUACAA